CCUUUCCCCCGAGAGGGACGACCCCGACCGCUGACCCGCGGGGGUUCCUACAAAAGCGACGGCGGCAAAAGGACAGGCGAGCCGAGGGGGAAAGGAACAGGGAGGGGCAGGGCCAGGGGGGUCAAUCCGCUCGCUCGGGGGUGGGAGCGGCCUGAAUCGGAGCCCCGGUUCCUCCUAGGUGUUUGGGAGAACGAACGAACGAGCUUCUGUUUCGCCAUUCUAUGGAGGUACACUAAAAGUUACCUUAGGUGCUCUGCUGGGAAGAAAAAUAAGUACCUUAGUUUGUUUUAAGGAUAUAGAAUCAAGUUGGAGAUCACUUGAUAUCAAGGGAGGCUAUCAAACUAACGUGUUGUAUGGCUGUCUAGUUUCGUGGCUCUUGCUCCUGCCAAAUCAAAAGGUGAAGGUCAAUCACGUAGUUGUCCUUUUUUGAUGGAUCACACUGGGAACUUAAGCCAUCAUGAUCACACAAUUGACAUACCAAGGAAUGAUGUUACCUCCCCAUCAGCAUCUCACCAGGACGAUCUCGACAGCUUGGAUGAGUUUCACGACACCAGAAGUGCUCCGGAUGAAGUGCCUGCAGUCCCAGAAAGUUCUUCUGUCACGUAUGAUGUAUCUGACUCUCAAAACGCAUCCUCUGCCAGGAGAGAUCGAGGCCAUCGUCAGCAGAAUCCUUUGAAUUCUGGCUUCUGGAUCUCAAUUGAGCUUAUUGUAAAUCUUACCCAGAUUAUAGCGGCUAUUUCUGUUCUAUCAGUAUCAAGGAACGAGCACCCACAUGCUCCAUUAUUUGUGUGGCUUCUUGGCUAUACAAUAGGUUGUAUUGCUAUUCUUCCACAUCUUUAUUGGCGGUACGUUCAGCGCAAUCGCCAGAACACGGAGCAGGAACUGCUGACCCAAAGUUCAUCAGAAAGAAAUAUAUCUGAGACUAAUUCUUUUGCAACCGCUUCAUCUCAUGCAUCGGAAGCUGUGGACGGUGCCAACCGAACUGGAGUCUCAAGAAGUAACUUACCAUUGGCAAGUCCAAGGUUCUAUGCAUUGGUCGCUUGCUUUAAAUUGUUGCUGGAUUGUUUCUUUGCCGUGUGGUUUGUUGUGGGGAAUGUGUGGAUAUUUGGCAGCCGUUCUUCUGCCCAAGAUGCUCCUAACUUGUACAGGAUAUGCAUAGUAUUCCUUGCAUUCGGCUUCAUUGGCUAUGCAUUGCCUUUCAUUCUCUGUACAAUGAUAUGUUGCUGCCUGCCCUGCAUAAUCUCAAUUCUGGGCGUCCACGAGGAUUUGGAUCCAAACAGAGGCGCUACCACGGACACAAUCAAUGCCUUGGUGGCGUACAAGUUCAAAUCGAAAAGAGUUCAUGAUGGGGAUGUGGGAGAAGACGGCGGUGGAGUCUUGGCAGCUGGAACUGACAAGGAGCGAACGAUCUCUGCAGAAGAUGCUAUCUGCUGCAUCUGCUUGUCAAAGUUCUCGAACAACGAAGAUCUACGAGAACUUCCCUGCGCGCAUGUCUUCCACAUGGAAUGCAUAGAUAAAUGGCUCCAGAUAAAUGCAUUGUGCCCUCUUUGCAAGGCUGAAAUAGGGGGCUCAAAAAAUAUUGCAGAAACUGGCUCCGAGGGGCCUCGGGACGAUAACAGAGUAGGCAACGACGUUGAGUCACAACGAUAACUGCUGACUGCUCUCUCACAUGAGCAUGAGGAUGAUGGAUGACGUGCUUUUGAUGCUGCCUAAGCUUGUUAACAUAACCAACUACAAGUAGGAAGGUUAUACACACUAUGAUCCCACAGCAAGUCCUUUUUUCUGGUGGACUUGUUUCGUAUCGCCAAUAUAGUAUUUCCUGCUUACAGUGCAGAGCAGUGUUGUCUGAGAUUUUCUCGUGCAUUUCUGAAGCAACAUUUUCGCGCACCUACCAUGGCUUCCUAGCUGCACUUGGAGCUGAUGAUGGUGGCAACCUAAGAUGACCAUACUCUGUGGGUUGUUGAUGUUAACCUCCUUGCUGUUAGCAGCAGUUGCCCUAUCUCCUGUAUAGAAAAUUGUUAGUGAAUUAGUCUACACUUUGCACCAAUGUCCUUGUACAGAAAAAGUGGACAUCUCAUUUGUAUCUGGUCAGCCUGCACCAGUACUGCAGCUCCUGUAUGGUUGAUCCUGUACAUUGUAUAAACCCAGAAAUGCUGGGUACUAGGUAGACAUAUAUUGGUAUCAAUGAAAGGCAAAAUUCACCAAACCCA